GGGGUUUGAAGGCGCCGCCGUUAGCCCGGCCCUCCCGCCCCCUCCCCCCGCGCGAGGCGGAGCCAGCGGGGCGCUCGCACACAACGGCGGCUCUUCCGAGCGGCGGCGGCUCCUUCCCUCAGCGCCGGGAGAGCUGAUAAUUAAGAGCCAUAAUGACAGAUGUAAGAGAUGGACGACAAUCAGGGGAAGAUCUGGCAGAUGCAAGAUCUUUUCCUGGUUCCAAAGGAAAGAGCCUGCCUUUUAGCAAAUCCAUGGACUCUGGAAUGCUGCCAGACUACAGUUACAGAAUGGACUAUCCAGAGAUGGGAGAAUGUGUAAUAAUAAACAACAAGAACUUCCACCGAGAGACUGGAAUGUUACCUCGUUCAGGUACAGAUGCAGAUGCUGCAAGUGUCAGAGAAGUUUUUAUGAAGUUGGGAUAUAAAAUCAAGCUUAACAAUGAUCUUUCAUGCAGAGACAUCUUCAAACUACUGAAAAACACUUCUGAAGAAGAUCACAGCAAGCGAAGCAGUUUUGUUUGUGUAUUGCUAAGCCAUGGUGAAGAAGGACUCAUCUAUGGUACAGAUGGCCCUCUUGAACUGAAAGCACUAACAAGCCUUUUCAGAGGUGACAGGUGCAGGAGUUUGGCAGGAAAACCCAAACUCUUCUUCAUUCAGGCUUGUAGAGGGACAGAAUUAGACUCUGGUAUUGAGACAGACAGUGGAUCAGAUGAACCAAUGUGUCAAAAAAUACCUGUAGAAGCAGACUUCCUAUAUGCAUAUUCUACUGCUCCAGGCUAUUACUCCUGGAGAAAUGCAGCUGAAGGCUCCUGGUUUAUUCAGUCACUGUGUAGAAUGCUGAGGGAACAUGCAAGGAAACUUGAACUCAUGCAGAUUCUAACUCGAGUAAAUCACACAGUGGCAGAAUAUGAAUCCUCCUCAACUCGGCGGGAUUUUAAUGCAAAGAAACAGAUUCCAUGCAUUGUUUCUAUGCUCACCAAAGAGUUUUACUUCCCUUGCUAAAAAGAAUUGCACUUUGUGAUUUUUCAAUUUAUGUUUUUUAUCUGUAAUUUAUACACAAUGUUAGUAUGGAAUACCACUUUUAAAUUGGAAUUGCUGUUCACUACUGUGUGUAGCAUAGAUGAGCUGUCUCAAAGUUAGAUGUGUCCAUUAUUAGAAGUAAAGCUGGCUGUGUCAGAAAUGCAAACUGGAGUAGCUGAAGCACAGGCAAAUUUGAAAGUAAUGCUCCGAACACCUGGAAAAAUUAGGAGGAGAAGACUGAGGAAAGGUAAAAUCAUGUAUCAGUUCUGAUUGGUACUACAUUUCACUUUGCUGAAGGGGCAGAGAAAAGAAACAUUUUUUGUAAAUAGUUUGGUUUCAUAGCUUUGCAAUAGCAAAAAGAUCAAGGAAUAUGGUAUGUACUCACUAAUGAUGGUAAUAUGAUAGUAGUGUCAUUGCACAUUUCUUCUUAAGAAAACUCAUGUUUUUAAAGUUUAGGUUAUAAACUAACCUAAGCUUUUUUUUAUAACUUAGAUUAUAAACUGUGGAAAAACGACAGUUUCAUUUUUUACAUGCAGUUAGGUAGCAUACUUAGAGUGAAGACAGUUUUGUCCUGAUUAUUUUGCAAUUUUUUCUAUGCGGUAUCAGGUAAAACAAUUUUAUCAACACAGUGUCUGUUUCGAAAUAGAUUUUGUAUCGACUUUGAGCGACUAAGGGACCAGUCUUCCAAAAUGCCUUUUUUUGGGGCAGCUCCUUAGGAGAGGCUGCUUAAUACUGUUUGGGAAUAAUUUGGGCAUCAAAAUUCAGUGCAAAAAGACUGCAUUCUGAAUUAUGUGCUUUCCUUUUUCUGGCCAUAAAUUAGAGGUCUGUUUAGGAUCUGCUUUGUGUUAGGUACACACCACUUGUAAUCUGUGUGAAAACACAGUUUAACACAUUGUUAAAUAUCAAAUGGGACAAUUACUCAUGUCUUUUAUGAGACUUUAGCUACAGUGUACUAAUAAACAGUAAAUUUAAAUCUUUUAA